GUCAGUGCAUGAAGUCACACGAGCUUGCGCUUGCUAGUUGUUACAUCUGGUAAUUUGUGAGUAGCUGCGCCCUGUGACAGCCUUAAGGUUAAAGCUCCACAAACACUGACAAGGCCCAUAAAUAAAAUAAGAAGAAUUAGCUUGCUUCACAUAGCAAUCUAUCUUUUUAAGGAAAAAUGGCUCCCGUGAAAGCUUGGUCUACAAAGGAAGAGGUGCUAAAAGACAUUAGAAGAGCUUCGGGCAGAAUUGGGAAAAAUGAGGGAAUAGAAUCCUGUCUCGUUGUGGGCGAUGUCCCGCCGCCUGUUUUGGAGGAAGAUGCUGAUGAACAAAUUCAAAUGAUGUUUGGACAUGGAGUUGAGAGAAACGCGAUUCAAACAGAGCAGCAGGCGCCAGAUCUCAUCGGCUUACGGAAAAUUAUAAGAAUGGUUAAUAGCAAUAAUUCUAAUACAGAUACAAGUUAUAUAGGAGAAGAUGCUGGCGAUGCUUCUGAUUACUUUUAUGCUAUUACAAAACAAAGCAGUUUAAACCCAGAAGUGGAAGCAUUCAUACCAAAAGCUAAUAGUUCAUCAAACUGUCACAAGGAACCGGAAAAUAAAAAUAAUAUUGAAGAAUAUGCUACAAAUUUAAAGCUUAAAAUUAGCGACGCCGCGAAAUCGAAUUCUUAUGAUUUGAAAAGAGAAAAAAAUGUAGCCAUAGCAACGCUGUUGAAAUUGUAUGCUAACAACGACACACCGGUAAAACUAUGCACUCCGGAAUAUUUUGAAAAUAAGUUGGAAAAACCUAGUACUUCAAAUUCUUCGUACUGUAAUAGCAGUACCCCAUUAAUGUUGCCACAAGACACAGAAAUGAAAAAGUCUAUAGAGAAGGUGAAUAACUGGUUAGAGCCCACUAAAAGAAAAACACAGGCGGUUUCUUUAGAACCCAUAUUCUUUAAGCGAAAAACUGUCCAAACAGUGAAAUCCCCCGCAAACAGCGAGAGUUCAAAGCUUUCCCAAAAUGAGCGGAAAUAUAAACCCUCUCAACAUGCCACAGAGUUAGCAAAAAAAUAUGAACAAAAUAACAAAAAAUUUCAGACAGAAACGCAAGCUGUUACUUGGGCAAAUCUCCAAGAAAAAUUAAGAGAAAAAGACUCUCUUAUAAAAAGCCGUUCAGAGGGAAAACAUUUAGAGAGUAGUUCUUCCAUCCAGUAAAACCGUUUUUUUAAGCGUUGCGGCGAUUUACAAGAGUGGUAACAGAAUUACUAGAUUUCAAAUUGACCACGCAACUGGAAAAUGGGAGGUUUUCUUUUUGACAACUAACAAAUUAAAAGAUAGUUCCUUACACAGUGAUAGAUGGCGUUGUACCUACUACGCGACCGGGUCUUUGCUAAAAUGACAAGGUUAACACGUAGCUUCAAGAAAGUCAAAAUUCUGGACCAAUUGUUUUCAAAAUCUCGGGAUAUUCGGAGAAUAAUCUGACUGACUACUUUUCUCCUUUUAUUCUAUUUUCAUUCCCUAUUUUAUAUAUAUUUUAAAAUUAUUGAUGACGAGUACGUUUCGUUAUACAAUCUCAAAAUUAUAUGACGUUGAUUUGAUAAGAUGUGAGGCUCCGUCCCUUCCAGUAACGAACUAAAAUCAGCGCCAUCUAGGCAUCAGCUAGGAAAAGAUGAAAAAGAAAAUCCCACAUUCGAAAAAUGUCUUAAUUGCAUAAUCAAAGAUCAAAUCUCAUAAAUAAUGAAGUCCACACGGUUUUUUACGUGCCCAUACAGAGUUGAUAUCAUUGAGUUUGGAUACAUUCUGUUGGUAAUCUGCUGGGCGUUGUGACGGGUUAGGCGAAUACUCGCCCCUGGGCUGCGACCCAGCUUACACGGGCUAAAAACAGUUUGGAAAACUCGGCUGAAUGUGCAUGCCAGAUUACCAUGAGAAAUAAGUGACGCAGGUAAAUCGACCCAUUGGAAUUUAAUUUCAUGAAAUCUGGUAGUUGUGAAAUUUUUCACAGCUCAAAACCAUCAGGAGGCAAAAAGACUUAGAACGUUCUCAUAAUUUCCAUCAAAGACAUUGUAAGUAAAAUACUUUAUAGUUAUCGGCACGGGUAUUGAGCCCUGACCUUCACCUGCGCAGAAGCGAUUUAUUGGUUUAUUGCCUUAUGUGUACAGUGCGCAAAGCGAUCCCCACUCUUCCGCCGAGAGCUCAAUAUCCGUGCCGAUAACUACAUCUAGAAUGCUGGACGCUUAGUAUAUAGUUUAAAAUAUAAACUUUGUAAAACAAAUUGAGCUCCUAAGUACUUAAUAAUAAUUGAAAAAUCGUCAGGAGGCAUAAAACUUAGAUCUUUUCAUAAAUUCCGUCAAAAAAUAUUAACGUCCAUAAGUGCAAUGUCAACUCAAGCAUUACAAAAAUACUUUUGAAGCCAAAAGGGGGUUUGUUGAAGUUUUUUUUGUAGCACCGUAUUUUUUAAAAUUUGCUUAUUUAUUAUAUUUACGUCUUUUCGAUAUUGCUAUUAUUGUUGACUUAAUCUAGGAGCUCCACUUUUUUUAUCAAAUUUUAAAAACUUGAUAUUAUAUUUGAUGGUACUUUUUGCCUCCUGAAGAUUUUGAGCUGUGAAAAAUGUCACAAGACUACCAGAUUUCAUAGAAACUAAAUUCCAAUGAGUCGAUUUACCUACGCCACUUAUUUCUCAUGGUAAUCUGGGCCGCGGCCCAGGGGCGAGUUUCCCCAUAACUCGUUGUGACAUGGUCAAUUUCAGAUCUAGUCAAUCUGAUACCAACCCUGCUGGGGACACAAGGCGUGUUUCUACACGCCUGUUGUCAGUGUGAUUGUAACGAAUUUUGUUCAGUCUGAUAUAACUCGAAACCCGUCAAAGUAGCAUCUUUCUUUUUUACUUUUUUUUUUUUAAAUUAGAAUGAUGACGUAUAUCGGGUGUGUCGUAUCUAAUCACAUUAAAUCCUAUCAUAUAUACUAUGAUAUUCUAUGGCGAAUUGAAAAAAAUAAUAACCUAAUCCAUUCAGUGUUCCAUCAUGUGUAAAGCAGAGAUAAAGUUAAGAGUAGUGAAUGUUUUGUUUUGUUUGGGAGAAUUUCGGUUGCUUGUAAUGACCGACUUUUAUAUGGUGUUCUAACUUUUAUUCUAUUUACUUUGUUUGAAAAAUUCAUUUUUAAAUUUUUACGUUUUUUCUUUGCACAAAGAAAAAACCAGUAUAUUAAUGUAUUUAAUUUAAUAUGAUUAAGUACGACACACCCGAUAUACGUCAUCAUUCUUAUAUUAAAAAAAAAAAGUUAAAAAGAAAGAUGCUAAUAUUUUUUUAAACAGUGAGCAAAAAAAGUGUGGUUCAGAAUGUGUGUAACAGAACUUGCCUUGUCAAUAACUCUUUUUUUUUACUAUAACAUCAAAGCAUACGUAUCUUUAAAUCUUGUUUAACUAUAAGUAGAUAAAGGUGACGCACUAUACCCUAUUUACCGAGCCGUGAGCCAAAUGGUAAACAAAGAACAACCCUUUUUCGAGAUGGCGGGUAUAACCCGACCGAUGACAAAACGUUACAUUUUUAUGUAAAACUAGCUUUUGCCCGCGGCUUCGCUCCCGUCAACUGACUUCUCUACUUUACCCUAUUUUUUUUUCAUAAGAACCUUCUCCUGACAAUAACAAACACAACAAAAAAAGAAUUAGCCAAAUUGGUCCAGGCGUUGUUGAGUUAUGCGCUUACCAACACAUUUUGCGAUUCAUUUUUAUAUUAUAAGAUGUUCGCAGUAUCUGUGCUUUACAAUUUAGUAGGGUUCCAUAUUUGACAAUUAAGUCUUUUAGGUGCUUUCACACGACUUAAUACAUAUUUAGUUAAAAUUAAGAAAAUAUUUUACGGCAUUUAUUAUAUUUGAUUUCAAAUAAGUCUAAAAGGAUUACACAGAUUCUACAGACAUCGUUCGUCAGUGUAACACUUCCGUGGUUAUUAUAAAAUAUGCUCACUACUUCAAUCGUCACUUAUAAUGAACCCUUUUUAUGGUUUGUUUACCUUUUGGCUCAUGCCUCCGCGAAAAGGGUAUAGUAAAAAAAUAUUCCAGUAUAUGCUAUACUGGCGGGAUUUUCAAAAUAGAAUGUAAAAUGCUGAAGCAUUGCUCUAGAAGUUGGGUUUUUUUGCCACGCAUUUUUAGAACGGUGUAUCAACAUGAAUAGUAUAAUUUAUUUUACUCUCCAGAUUUUUAGAACCAUAAGAUUAUAUUAUUGAAAUGUGGAAAUGGAAACCUUUUAUGAAUUUUUAAUAAACGCUCUUUUGCAAAAAAAGGGCACCUUUGCGAAAUCUUGAUAUAAGGACUUUAUGUCUGUUUCAAAAGGUUUUGAUGACUGGAAAAUAUUACUUGCUUCAAAAGGGCUUGUCAAGCAUGCGUUAGAGUCUAAUCUAAAUUUGAAUUUUAGCAAAAUUGCUAAGAAAGUUUUUGUAUAGUUUUCGAUGUGAUUUUCAGAAAACUGAUUAUACUAUAAUAACUGAUUGAUAGACUUUUUGGUACAUCAAAACAUUUUAGAAAAAUUGUCAGCUAUACUUAAUGGUUUAGUAUAAAUGUAAAUGUAUGUAAAUGGUGAAGUGAUUUUCUAAAAUCACACCGAAAACUCCUUAAAACGCUGAAGGACUUUCUACCGAGAACUAGUUCAGAACAAUGUUUAACCAGUUUAGUAGCGAUUCUCCAAAAUUCAAAUUAAGAAUAUACUCUCACCCUUUUGAUGCUAGUAACAUACUCCAGUCAUUAAAACCUUUUGAAACAUAUACAAAAUCGUUAAAAAAAAGAUUUCGCGAAGAUGCCUUUUUUUCAAAAGAGUUUAUGUAAAAAAAUAUUUAUUUUUUAAUGUAGAUGUCGGUUUUAGUGAGAUAAAGACUGAACUAAAUUAAGAUUGUGUUCAUAUUUAUAAUGUCUUGUUUUAAGACUGAAGGCAAAAAGGAUCAAGUUGAGUGUUUCUAAGAGAAACACUAAAACAAGGGUAUUUUGAAACACAAUUUUGAUUGCAAUGUUCUUGUCGAUUUAGAUGAAUUUAAGCAGUUCCAUAUCUUUAGUGUUUUGAAACGACCCCGUCGUUUAGAGGCUAUAAAGUUUUUUAAACUUUCGCGACUUGUAAGCAACAACCCUACAAAUUAAAGACAAGGUGAAGGUUGUGACGUAUAGUUCAGGAGUUAGCGCUAGAUAGGUGUCGAGCUCCCGGCAUCGCGCCAGCAGCGCCAACACUCGCGCGCCGCCGCCGCGGGGCCGAGGAGGUGGGAACUUCCCCAAGUCCGUCGCCCCUACACAUUACGACGUAAGAGGCUCUUUUCGCCACUUAUGUAUUAUAGGUACAAUUCUGUAUAGUUACCAACCCUGGCAUAAGGAAGCUAUAACAUUGUGCAAUAUUACAAGAGAUGUUGAGCAAUUAAAAUUGUUAUCUUCAAUAUUAAUUUUGCUCAGUAAAUUUUGCAGAGUAAAGUAAGUAAUAUUGCACAAUUUAAUUAACCGUCCAGGGAGCGUCGAGAAUUAUAUAAGUUCUAUUACCUAUAACGUAUCCAUAAGUUAGACUAAGGUAACACAUAUCCAGGAAAAUAUUUAGCUGUCUUUUGUAAUUUUGACGUUCAAUAAGUACCGAAUUUUCAGCCUACUUUGAAUAAAUGAAUGAUUUUUUUAAAA